AUGGUGAAGAGUGUAGCGGUGUAGAGGUCAGAGUUGAAUGUUUGACAGAAAGCUAAAUAUGGAUUCCAUAUUUCAUGAGAAACAAGAGGGCUCCUUGUGUGCCCAGCACUGCCUCAACAACCUUCUACAGGGUGAAUAUUUUACUCCUGUAGAUCUGUCCUCUAUUGCUCAUCAGCUUGACGAAGAAGAGAGGAUGAGGAUGGCAGAGGGCGGUAUGGCUAGUGAGGCGUACAGGACCUUCUUACAGCAACCAUCUGGGAACAUGGAUGACAGUGGGUUCUUUUCAAUACAAGUGAUUAGUAAUGCUCUACGAGUUUGGGGCUUGGAGCUAAUCCUUUUCAACAGUCGAGAGUACCAAAAUCUAAUGAUAAAUCCAAUAAAUGAGAAAGCCUUCAUUUGCAACUACAAGGAGCACUGGUUCACUAUACGCAAACUCGGACAGCAGUGGUUUAACUUGAAUUCACUGUUGACUGGGCCAGAACUUAUAUCAGACACAUAUUUAGCUCUUUUCCUUGCACAGCUGCAACAAGAAGGAUAUUCCAUAUUUGUGAUCCGAGGAAAUCUCCCAGAGUGUGAAGCAGAGCAAAUUCUUGGAAUUAUGCGGGUCCAACAGCAGCAACGGCCCAGGCUCAUUGGAGAGGAUGAGGCCCAGACAAGUGCUGGCAGGUCAGCUGCUGUGGGCCAGACAGGGGUGAGUUUUGGUGCGGACGAUGAGGUUGUCGAUGAAGAUGAGGAACUGAAGAAAGCUCUAGCACUUAGCAGACAAGACAUAGAUGUGGAAGAUGAAGAAGCUGAUCUCCGACGGGCCAUACAGCUCAGCAUGCAAGGAGCAGUGAUGAGUAACAGGUCUUCAGAAGUGGGAAAUAUAAAAUCAGCAUCUCAGGCUGCAGGUAGUGCUACUGGGGGACAAAAAGACAGCCAGAAUGAGACACUUACAGCUGAGGAGCUGAGGAAAAGGAGACAAGCCUACUUUGAUCGACAGCAGCAACAAGCUCAGCCAACUAUUCCUCAACAAUCAGACACACAUUCAAUAGGCAACUCAGGAUCAGUAAACACUGGCUCUGAGGAGGACCAACAACAACAGCCAAGCCAGUAAAGUUGCGAAAGGUUUACCUGUUUGUUUACCAGCGGCCUGGAUCGGAAGCCCCUCACAGGGGUAGCUUUGCUCCCUCCUCUAACCUUUUGCACAUGCAAACAUAAGGACAGUCAGCAGGCUGACACGUGGUUUCCCCCUGUGAGUUCGCUGACAGGCCACAAAGAAGAGAAUGACGACGGAGAAAAGGCAGCAUUUUGUCUAAUCUGACUCAGUGAAGCACUGAGACAGAGAAAAGGGUGGCCACUGACUCAAAUAGACUCAUGAUGCAGUUAAUUCAAGUUUGCAAUUGCCUUUUAACCAUGGCGCCUUCAGUGUCUGUUGAAUACUGUUUUUAUUCUUGUCUCCUUUUUUCUGAAACAUGGACAUGAGGAAAGAAAUAUCAUGCAAAGGGUGUGUUCACUUGUCUGAAGGUGAAAACUUGCUGAAAUCCACAUGAGACCAAUGUUUGACUGUAGAUGAAGUCUUUAUACAUGACAGAACCUCUUGCCUUUGUUUUGGAUUUGAGUUUGUGGAACACACACCCAACCCACCAGAAAACCUUUACAGUUUUAAUGUAAGUUCAUGACUUCUAAAUGCAUUGGACUGAAACAUCUUUCAGCCACAGCACUAAAAUGUGUGGGUUAUUUAUUGCUGGAAUCAUCACUGAUGGGUGAUUUCCUGAGGGUUUUACAGCAGAAACUGUUUGAUGAUAUCACAUUGGUUUUCCUUUUAGUAUUCAAGUUAACAUAGCACAAUACAAACACAAUUUAGGGGUGUUUAGUCCAGUUUAAACUAUUAUUAGGUUAUCCAUAGUUUUUCCAUUCAUUGUCUAUAUCUUGAUAUAUAAUGAGUAACAAGAAAGUAAUUGGUACACUGUGACACUAAUGAUGGAUCAAUAAUAUGGCUUAUUUUCCCUGUAUCAUCACUUAAACCCAAUAAUAUGUCCAAGUAGUCUUCCAAGCAAUGGGUUGACUUGUUAGUUUGUCUUUUUUUUUUUAGUAUUUGUCAAGAAAUAUUUAGAGAAGUUGUGAAGAAAAACUGGAUUAUUUCCCCUAUAGACACACCCCUUCAGAACUAGUUGGUUCUUUUACUCCUGCAUGUUAAAGCCCAUAAGUACAUGUUUAAUUGCACUGAUUUGACUUGUUUUAUAUUCAAGUAAUAUGACAAAGGGUACACAGGUUUGCAUUAAGGUUACCACUGGUCAAAGAUGAUGCAAGUCAUAUGUUGGUCAAUCAUCUUUACAAAUGAUAGAGGAAAUUAUUAGUGCCCAUCGUAUCAGUUCCAACCAAAAUUCCAGAGAUAAGCCCAACAUAAAUUCUGAAAUGUGUUUUAGUUCAAAUUCCUUUGA